CUCUAAAUUAAAACUCAUGCGUAUUUAAUCUACGCUCUAAUACACGUAGUCGAUUAUCCUCUUUAGGGUGAAUUUGUUAGUGCGAUAAAUGCCAUAGCCACAAAUAAGUUGUCUACAAGUUUCAAAAGAAACCGCCUAACUGCAGGCUCCGAGUUUUAGCGGCGCAUGUGAACGCGGCGCCGUUAGAGCGGGCGUUAGCGGCUGUGUUCGGUAGGUACAGCCCUCGGAGCUGCAGUCGCUACGGACAGGUACCUCCGCGUCCUGCCCGUCAACUCGCAGCCGACGCGGCCUUUGGGUGCGCUGGAUCGAAGGUAGCCAAAUUGUAGCUUAGCGGCGCGGACCCGCAGCCAUGGCGGCUGAAACGGACAAGGUGGAGCCGGCGGACAGCGAACAAGACGAAGAGGAAGAUGUGUACGAAGUGGAGAGGAUCAUUGACAUGCGGGUGGAGGAGGGUGAAGUGCUCUACAGAGUCCGAUGGAAAAAUUACUGCUCUGAUGACGACACCUGGGAACCAGAGGCCCAUUUAGAGGACUGUCGUGAAGUCCUUUUAGCUUUUAAAAAGUCCUUAGCUGAGGCUAAGGCCAAGAAAGAGGCAGAAGCCAAAAAGAGUGUGCUGCUGCCUACAAAGAGCGACGUGUUUGAUGCCGACUCAGAAAGUGACAGCGACAAAGACCGUCCAACUGAGGCACCCAUCAAAAAGAAGAAAAAGAAAAAGAUCCGUGAAGAAGAGGAACCACACGCAAAGGACAAAAAGAAGAAGAAGAAAGACAAACGGAGGGAGGAGUUCAGACCUCUGCCUGCUCCAGAGACAGAUGAUGAGGAAGAGAGAGCCCCAACUCCACCCUCUCCUACCAAGGAGAAAAAAAUUGACACUAAAAAGCGAGUGGUUGACUCUGAAGAGGAGGAUGAUGAGCCUGUCCCCUCUAAGAAACACAGGAAGGAAAAGGGAAAAGAGGGAGUAAAGUAUAAAAAAGACAAGGGGGAGGAUGGGAAGAAAAAGAAGGGCAAGAGGGAACGAAAGAUUGAUACCUCUGACGAAGAAGCCACCGCACCUCUCGAGGACGACAUGAGCAACAGCGCAUCGGAGUCCCAAAUGGAUGAUGCUGUAUUAACAGAAAGCGAGAAAAAAUCUGCUGAAAAGGCACGUUUGGAUGAAAAAUCCAAAUUCAAGAAGGGGAAGUGGGAAGUAAAGCUUCAGGGUAUUAAAGACCUUAUUCAUGACAAAAAAAGCAAAAAGUCAGAUGCUUCCCUAAAAGAAAGCAGCCACCAAAAACUGAAGGGUUUCCUGUCUAAAUGCAAGGACGAGGCUGCUCGACACUCGGACUCCAGUGACAGCUCAACCCUACAUAAAAAAGUGAAGAGCAAAGGGCAGGACACGCCAGCGCCAUCCAAAAUCACCUCUUCCUCUACAUCCUCAUCGUCCUCUUCAUCUUCUGUCACAGCGGCUGGCAGCACCAAGGCUAAGGAGGAUGAUGUGGCUAAAGAUGAGGCACUGGGGCAGAAAGAUGGUACAGGUUCUACAAAUUUGUUUGAGAAGUUCCUGUUAAACUGUGAGGCCAAGGACCGAGCCCCCCGCAGGCCCCCCGUUCAUCAGAUGGCUGCAGAGAAGAGCAGCAGCAAAAACGCUAAGUUAAUAGGGAAAAUCGAGAAGAUCCCAAAGACAACCAAAGAAUCUCCAUCUCAGAAACCAGAGCCUGAGAAAACAGAGAAGACCAAGCAAUCAGAUGUCCCCAGACCUAGCCAGAGUCAUGGAUUCAGCCUGGACAGUGAUGAGAGAGAAGGAGAAGACACUACAGCAAAGCCUAAAGCCGUUGAGGAUUCCAAGGAGCGGAGAGAGAAGCCAGAAGAGGCUCAACGUUCUGGCUGGGAAAGAAGAACUCCAUCAGAAGACAGGAGGAAGAAGAGAGAGGACAGUGAGCCCAGACUCUUCAUGGCAUGCGAUGACAGUCAGGACACCCAGCACCCACUAGAGGGUGCUGAAAAGUCUGACAAAGGUCAAGCUACUUUGAGUCUUGGAAUGGACCUCAACCUGGACUGGAUGACCCUGGAUGACUUCCAAAAACAUUUGAAUGGAGACGAUGAGAUUCUGUCUGGUCCACCGUUAUCACCAAGUGAGUUGCGGGAUGCUGUGAAAAGUGGCGAUUACAUGGCUGUAAAACUGGCACUUAAUUCUAAAGAGGACUACAACCUGGACCAAGAGGCAUGUUCAGUUGGUGAGAGGAGGUCAUUUGAAGCAGAGAGAAGCUUGAUUGAAGAGAGAAGUUCAAGUGAUGCUCUUAAGUUGACUUCUAACCUUGACAGUUCAACAAAUGAAGAGGGUACCCCAAAAGUAGAAGAAAAAGAAAAUUUUCCACAAGAUUUUGAUGAUCCAAAAAGUGGUGAACACAUGGCUAGCUCCCUUGCUGAUAUAGACACUGAGCAACUGACAGAGAGGGAACAUGAAAAAAUUCUAAAAUGUUUAACUGAGUUUGGACACAAUGAUUGUGAUUCAGCUCCUAAGCAGGAGACUCUGGGAAAAGAAGCCCAUCAGCAAGCAGUGGAAGAAGAGAUGCCAUAUGAUACAAAAUGUGUCCUUACAAGAAAUGAAAUGAGUUUGAACCUGGAUAAUAUAAAUUCUACCACAAAUCCUGAAGGAAUACCAACAGAAGAUAAAACAGACCUGAGGGGCAUAACUGACGUAGAAGCUUCCCCAAAGGAAGUAAAUGACUUGGGGGCUGAAGAAGAACAUGGGGAACCAGGUUCUUCAGAUAGUCCAAAGCAGGUUCCUAAAAGGCAGCUACAGCGCCAUUGGAAGAAUUCAGAGAAAAAACAACCAACAAGGUCAAGUUCAAGGACCUGUAAGAAAAUCCUUUUACCAAAGCAGAGUAUUAUCAUUGAAGAGAAAAAGGAAAGCAAAAAGCACUUUUGUUUAUAUUGCAAAAUGGCCUUCGCACAACUCGCAAAGCAUCUGGAGAAAAAGCAUUCAGAGGAAACGGAUGUUGCUCAUGCAAUACACUUUCCCAAAGGUUCCAAAGUCAGGCAGACUUUGCUUGAUCAAAUUCGGAACAAAGGAGAUUAUGAACACAACUGCCAAGUUCUUAAAAGUGGUGAGGGAGAGAUUGUAACUAAGAAACAGGUAAAAAACUAUAACAUAUCUGUUCGUGACUUCCUGCCGUGCCAACACUGCUUUGCUUUUUUUCGCAAAACUGAUUUGUGGAGACAUGAGCGGUCAUGUAAGGCCAGAAAGGGAGACCAGAAGUUUACUGAAAGUGUAAACCAUGAUCAGGACCACAGUGCUGCUUCCCGACUCCUCCCAAUGUCUGAGUUCCUAACUGAAGGAUGUGAGGAAAUCAUUCACAUUAUGCAUCAAGAUGAGAUUUCGAGACAUAUCAGAAAUGACCCACUUAUUUGUAAAUAUGGUAAAGCAUUGUCGGUUAAGUAUUACCAUGACAAGUCUCAGUUUGCUUACAUUGCACAAAAAAUGAGAGAACUUGGUAGAUUUAUACUUGCUGUAAAUGAGCUUGACAGCAGUGUUAAGUUUUUACAUGAGAUAUGCCUACCGUCCAAAUUUGAGCUGGCUGUUGAGGGUGCUAAAAAAGUCAGUGGUUUUGAUCCCACCUCUAGUAAGUUUAAAUCAGUUUCCCUUGUCUCAAAGAUCGGCUACUCUUUGAAACGAGCUGCAGAAAUAGCUUUUGGGGAAAGCCGCAUGAUGGAGGACAGUGAAACAGAAAGGGAGGUAAAAAGGUUUAUACAGCUUCUUGAUACAAAAUGGAGUCAGUGUUUUUCUCGCAAAGCUCUUGCGCUAUCACUCAAGCAAGAAGCGAAGAAAGUGGACGUGGAUAAAUCAACAGUCACAGAAGAUUUAAUUAAACUCCACAGGUUUAUCGUAGGAGAAGAAGAUGAAGCCAGAAAGGAACUGAAGGAAAGUCCGAGUUUGUCAACGUGGAAAAAGCUCAGUGAAGCCACCCUUGCAGAUGUGUGUCUAUUCAACAGAGGGAGAGUAGGAAAUAUUGGUAGAAUGCUCCUGCAAACUUACACUUCUAAAAAAUGUAAGGGAACGUUUGUGCCCUCUGCAGAUCAAGUAAAGAGAAGCACAAAACUGGAGCUGGUGAUUGGUUCAAGUUUCACUAGGUUGGAGCUAGAAGGUCAGUAUGGAAGGAACAUGCUGGUUCUGCUAACAGAAAGGAUGGUUUUGUCAGUUGACCUGCUAAUUGAAAAUCGAGACCAAGCGGGUGUGUCAAAGUCUAACCCAUAUCUGUUUGCUCGGACGGAGGGUCCCUCGUUCAUCCGAGGCUUGGAUUGUUUCCGAAGGGCUGCAAUGGAAUGUGAAGUUAAAAACCCCGAAGCACUUUUGUCCUCAUCACUAAGAGAACAAAUUGCCAUUUGCUGGCAGCUAAUGAGCCUUUGUGAGCAUGAAUUAGAUCAAGUGGCAAAGCUGUUGGGAAGAAGCAACCAGGAGUGUCACAGGCUCUCAAAAAAUCCCUCAGAGCUGGAGGAGAUGUGCAAGCAACUACUCAAAAUGGACUGCACUCUGCCAACAAAUCCCCCCAGCACUGCAAGGAAUGACACUACACAAAAGCCUGCUUUAAAGAGAAGGCCCUGGAAUGAGAAGGAGCAGGCUGCAGUGAAAUGCUACAUGAGUGAAUUCAUCACAGGAAUGAAGGUUCCAGGCAAAAAAGAGUGCAAUGCAUGCAUAGCUGCUGAACCAGAUCUUGGUGGAAGGUCUUGGACAGAUGUUAAAAACUAUGUACACAACACACUUCAGACAAUAAGGAGAAGAAAUAACCAGCAGAAAUCAGAAGGGGUUGAAAGGACUUUCAGUCCAAAGUCUCCAAAAACUGGGGUUCAAAAAAACAAGAAAAAUGUGGAAGACACAAACCUGUGUAAUAUGUCUACGGUGCAAUCAGAUCUUCUGACAGAAAGUUCUGAUUGUUGUAUGACAAUACCUCUCCCAACUGGUCUAAGAGAUUCUGGGCCAUUCCCAGAAAUAACUUCCAGUUACACAUCCUUGUCUUCCACUAGUUCAAGUAUGAUCCACACAAGUCAGCCACUUAUGUCUUCAUUCACACCACUGAAUGCCGAUACACAAGUGGUCCCUACCUUUACGCCACUCAACACCACAAAUACUUUAAUUCCCCCACCAUACACAUCAGAGAAUAACCGGAUUCUGUCUAUGUCUCCUUUAUUUACACAGAAUCCAACAAGCAUGCCACCCCCCUCUGUAUAUACGCCACAGGACACUACAAGUUCAAUGAUCCCUGCCUAUAGCCACCUUAAUGCUCCAAGCACCUCUAUGGUUUCUACAUUUACACCAUUAAAUCCCCCAUUAGUCCCCACAUUCUCGCCACUAAAUAACCAAAGUUUGCCUAUUGUGUCGUCAUUUACACCUCUGAACCAUUCAAGUACCACAACAUACCCCAGUGCCCCACCUAGAACCCCUACAACUGCACAGGUUGUCCCAUGCAUUCAUGGACCCAGUGUUCCUGACAGAGCACCACUAGUACAGGAAAAUACACACAUGUCCAACUCAAGGAAACAAGUAACUUCAGCUGUCAAGCCUCAAAAGCGAAACAAGCGCUUGUGGAGUGAGGAGGAACAGGCUGCUGUGAGGCGUCAGCUUGGAGACUUCUGCAAACUGGUCAAGGUGCCAGGAAAAAAGGAUUGCGAUGCAUGUUUAGCUGCUGAACCUGUAUUAAACAGCAGGACAUGGAGGGAAGUGAAAUAUUUUGUGCAUAACUCUAUUCAGUCGAUGAAAAGAAGAGGACAAGUAGUCGCUUCCAAGCAAAGUGGAGAACAAGAACCAGAGAUUCCGAAUUCGAGCACUGAGUGGGACGCCCCCGUUUAUUUGUCCCUAUGAAUACUUGGACAUGCUUGACACUACAUGGCACUUAAACAUUCAGCACAUGUGAACUGUUGUAAAGCGCUUAUUGGUGCAAUCCAGCCUCAAUAGCCAAGCACUUCUUGACAACGUUGACUGCUUGUCCUGCCAUUCUCUAAACCACAUUUUUACAACACUUUCAAAAUCACCAGAUCAAGCUAUCAAUGUACUGUUGCAUGAAUAUAUACUAUAGGUAAAAGUGUUAGUAUGGUUGUACUGCCGUUUGGGCUCAGAAAUGCAGAUAUUUAUAUUAAAUAUUAGAUUACAUACAGGUGUGCUAGUCAUUAAUGCAAAACUAUUGACUUUUCAGUUUUGGUUAGCAGUGUUAACUUAUCUUUUAAUAAACGUAAACCUUGUUUACAAGGUGCCACUAACGGCACCCAACCCGGUUUUCACAAAUCCAAACCGUGUUGGCUGAAUUGUUACCCCAGCAUUUGUAAACAGGACAUUUCCCAGCCUGCACUGAGCAGACAUUGUCUCAGUCACUGUUUCCACAGGGAUUUAUACCCUUUAGUUUCAUAAUUCUACCUGUAGUGUAUCCAGUAGCAUUUUUAGGAAUUUUGAUGAUCAAAAACUAGAUAGAAAACCUACCAGCAAACCUUGCAGCCAGUCACUCUGACCUGCUCUGUAUUGCUCCUGAAUACCUGCUCAAGUGUUCUAUAUUCUUGCUUUAGCCAGUAGCCUUUAUUGUAGAUGUGCCCCUGAUAGUCUGCAGCAGUCGUACUUGCUGAUCUUAGGAGCUUUGUGCACAUACCUCUUUAUUAAAUAUUGGGACAUGUUUUUCCAUUUAAAUAAUUAUAAAUGAUCAUUGUCCUUUUUAUACGUUUUUCAUAUCAGUAAGACGCAGAAAGGUUUGGUUGUAUUUUUGUAUCAUUACAUAGGAAAUGCCUGGAACAUUAGUAGAUUUAAUGUACUAUACGAAGCUAAAAUACACUGCGUUAAUCUUACUGUAUUAUUUUAAACUUGAUUCUCUGAAUAUUUGACAUUAAUAUCCAGUUGCCAUGAUCAAACCUUAUUGCCUUAUUAUCUUGUUUACUCAUUUUACAGUGUUUUAGUGUUUGCAUUUCUUUAUAAUCUUGUCGAUUGUAUCUAAAACACAACUUAGCCAGUAAAUCCUGCUGUUUUGAGUUAAUCAUAGCUGUGUACAUUUAAUAUUAAACCCUCAGGUUAGUUAUUUUUUAAUAUGAAAAUGAAACUUGUUUUAAACUAUGUCUCGCAUUAGACUAAACAGAAGUGAAUUCCGUUUUUUCUAUAUUUUUCCCUUUUUACUGAAACUAUUUUUUAUUUAAGGUUUCUGUCUUUGACCCACAAAACCGUUAAUCCAGCAAGUUGAACAUAUGUUCAGCACAUUUCAGUUGGUCAUUGUAGUGUUGAUUCUUCACAGGAAAGGCAUAGCUAUAUGUGGAUGUGGUUCAGUUGGGUCACUUGAACUGGGAUAAAUCCUUAUUAUUUUUACCAUUCCACAUGUGUGUUGUGGACUUGGAGAAGGCAUUUGACCUCGUCCCCCGUAGCAUUCUAUGGGGGGUGCUCCAGGAGUAUGGAGUCCGAGGCUCUUUGUUAAGGGCUGUCUGGUCUCUGUACAAGAGAUAAGCAGUUGAAAAUGGAUGGAUGGAUGGAAGUCCUUAUUGGGUUACAUAAAGACAGUUCACCUUAUUUCACAGCCUUUGUGUUCAGAAGGAGGGACAGUCAUGGUUAGAGUUCCAGCACUGCUACUAUUUGUCAAGGGUAAUCACUUUUUGUGUUUCCCCUCAGUAGCAGUUGUUCACCCCUUCAUACCAAAGGCAUAAGUGCAAACUGGGCCAUUAUCAGUCUGCACAGCCGACUUUCUUCUGUAUUGCUUCAGUGUGAAAGGAGUUUAUCAGUAUUACACUACAGUAGAUGGUAGAUGGAAUUAUAGUUUGGAUACUGUUGUAUGUUGAAGGCCUAAAUGAUCAUACAUUUGGUAUUGGGUAUCAUUUUUUCCUUCGUGUUGUGUACAUGGUGCUUGUUACUCUUCAUUUUGUUGUGAUUUUGUUGUCUUUGAACAAUCCUUCUUAUCAACUAUUGUAAACAAUGUAUAACUUCUGCUUGUAUAUUAAAAUGCUCAUCAACUAAA